AGAAAAACAAAUCUUCUUUUGGGUUCGAACGUGGCCUAUAUACAAAAGAGCUUGGUUCAUUCAUCAUUACGUUCAAGUACAUACGUUCAAGUUAAAUCUGUGUGAAUUGUAUGCCGCGGAUGAGUGAUUACGUUUAAAGGACCCCUGACGUCGAAGGAAGAUAUUCCGCGGAAGAUAUUCCCCAUUCAAAACAUCUCACUGCAGCGAGGAACAAGUGCGUAAUAAUAUCCCUCUCAAAAUCAAUAUUUGCACUGUGCACUGCCUUAGUCGAGACGAACUUUUCGGUGGAACUCAAUAUUUCGAGUGUAGGCCAUUGAAGCGCUUCGCCAGUCUAUUUGAGGAAUUCGAGUAGCUUAUACAUCGUGUCAAUGCAAGAUGAUGGUGUUUGGGUGUAUAACGUUGCUCUUAGCUGUGUCACUGGCGCAAGUUGGAUGUGGACAUAAAAUACUCAUGAAUGCUAUCCUAGGUGAGGGAAGUCAUUUCUUAUGUGCAGCCUCGAUAGGUGAACGUCUUGUUGAACAGGGUCACAAUGUUACAUUCCUCAUCAGUAAUGCUUACGCACACCGGGCCAGUGAUCCUAAAUACUCUCAGCUCUUCGAUUUUGUCGUAUUUCGUCAUCCUAUCCCAGUGGAGAAAGUUCAUGAACAAUUUGAGGCGUUCAAUGAGCGUGCUUUCAUGCCUGCUUCGGCACAGAUGUGGACCUUAACCGAGGUCAUGCGAGACGGUAGGGCUGACGAUUGCGACGCCGUGCUGGGCGAUGUCGAAAUCAUGAAUCAUUUUCGGAGUGCUAAUUAUAGUGCAAUUAUCUAUGACAUUGGUUGGUUGUGUCCUGUGAUUAUUGCCAAACAGUUUAAUAUACCUUAUAUUGCUUUAUCAGCUGUAUCGUCACCGUGUGCUGUGACUAGUUCAUCUGGAUCGGACAAUUCACCAGCUUACGUGCCAGCAAUAUUCAGUGGUUUCUCCAACAAACUGAACUUCAAGGAACGUGUGCAGAACUCGAUCGUUCACAUAUUUAUAUUACUGUUUGGAAUAUACUUUCGCAUGCCAUAUGAUGAUCUGAAAGGCAAAUACAAUAUCGCAUCAGACACCUCAAUGGACCAACUUUUUGCUCGAAGUGGAUUGUUUUUGAUAAAUACUGAUUUUUCAGUUGAAUUUCCGUGCGCCAUACCGCCUAAUGUUAUUCCUGUAGGGGGUCUUACAACACGACCAUCGAACCCACUCCCAGAUGGCCUAGAACAUUUCAUGCAAAGCUCUGGACAAGAUGGAGUCAUUGUCUGCACCAUGGGUACCUAUUUCACCUCGGUACCAAUUCAAGUCGUAAACGAUUUCUUCAAUGCUUUUGCACGCCUUCCCCAAAAGGUCAUCUUCCAAUUACGGAUCAUCCCAUCGAAUAUCACCCUUCCUCCCAACGUGUACACAUUGCCAUGGUUACCGCAAAACGAUCUUCUGGGUCAUGAGAAGACCCGUGCGUUUAUGUAUCAAGGAGGAAAUAAUGGUUUCUACGAGGCGCUUUAUCAUGCUGUGCCUAUCGUGGUCGUACCCAUUCACGGCGACCAGUAUGACACUGGCGCUAAGGUCAGCGCUCACGAGAUCGGCAUCACCAUCGAUAAGCUCACCCUGACAGAGAAGAAGAUCCACGAUGCACUCCGUGACGUCAUCACCAAUGAUUCCUACAAGCGUAACAUGGAGCGACUUUCAGCCAUGUUUCUUGAUCGACCGAUGACACCUUCCAAGAAGGCGGCAUUCUGGAUUGAUCACUUCAUCAAACACGGUGGAGCACAGUAUCAAAUACCUUUUGUCAACCUUAGCUUUGUGGAACGCAAUCUUAUAGAUGUAUUAGUUUUCUUCAUCGGAUGUUUUGCCCUUGUAUCCAUUGUUCUUGUGUUUAUGGGAAAAUUUUGCUUAAGAUUUAUCAGACAUCUUUUACGACGGAUAUCAAAAGAGAAAACAGAGUGAAUUGUUGAUAUUUGUGAUUUCGUUAUUUUUGACAAAAAACAGUAAAUGGAAAUGGGAAAUUCCUUUAAAAACGGGGUAUUUUUUUAUUUACUAUACAUUCCAGUUUAUCAAUCAUUAACAAAGUGUCGAAAUUGAUUUUCGGGGGAUAUCAUGAAUUACUACUUAAUUGCCAUCCGGGUACCGAGGUUGUGUCAUCAUGAAAAUUAAUGAGACAUGACAUUUGACUGAUGUUCAUUUCUGUUAUCACUAUAAUUAAUACAAAACAUUUGUUGUUAAUCAUAUAAUAAUUAUCUAGUCAGUAGACCUAAUGUCCCGAACAACAGUCACAGAAUCACCUAAAAGUUGAUGUAUCAGUUUAACAACGACAACUCUUCUUUUCUUCUUUUUCUUUACUCUUUAAAAAUACCUUAACAUACAUCGCUAUACGUGAUCAACUCGAAUUAAUUCUGAAGAAUAAUUGCAUGGUACGAAAGAUUACAAUUUUACAAUCAGUCUUUCACU